UAUACAAGAAAAUGAGGGAUGAUGGGAGAGCCAAUAAAAACCAGAACGCCGGAAACAAAUAAACAAGCGCCGAACAGAGAGAGAGAGACAGAGCAGAGCACGGAGCAUGAACCAAAAACUAGGAAACGAGCAGGUCGAUGUAUAUAGUAGUCCAGCAUUAGCCAACAGCUCCAGGACAAAAACACCCCAUUGCCGUUUCCUUCAUUCUCCUCCGUCGCAUCGUGUCUCCUCCUCCUCCACCACAACCACCACCACCACCACAAAAGCUGCCGGUUUUUGUUUUUGUUUCGCUCAUCAUACCUAUCGUAUUGUACUAUCAUCCAGCUACCUGUCCUCCCACUCUCUCUCUCUCCUCUCUCCCUCCCCCCCUCUCUCACUCUCUCUCUCUCUCUCUAUUCCGUUGGACAGUCCGUAUAUGUGCGUGCGGUGUGUGCGCAGCUACCUGAUCACAUAUUCCCAGCUCAACAAAAUUACCAGCCUGUCCUUCUCUCUUUCAUCCUAUGACACUCCAUCCCGUCCCAACUCACUCCUUCCAUUAUUCUAAUCUCAAUUUCAAUACGAAUUAUAUCUCCCACCGCUUCCACUUGUUCCCGCAGCUCUACCACCUUUACAACCACCCCACUCCUCCUCUUCACCUCCCCCAAAGGCCCCGCCGCUCGGCCCACAUGGCCACCGGGCCCACCUCCGCGGGCCCACGUCCAAAAGACAAGCUCCUCGUCAUCAUGGGGGCCACCGGCGCCGGCAAGUCCCGCCUCUCCCUCGACCUCGCCACCCGCUUCCCCUUCUUCGAAAUCGUCAACUCCGACAAAAUGCAACUCUACCGCGGCCUAGACAUCACCACCAACAAGCUCCCCCUACCGGAACGACUCGGCGUCUCCCACCACCUCCUCGGCGAGUUCGACCCCCUAGACGGCGACUUCACCCCCGCCGAUUUUCGCGCCGUCGCCGGUCAGGUUGUUUCCUGCAUUACCAAUCGGAGGAAGGUGCCGAUGCUCGUCGGCGGGUCAAACUCCUUCAUUCACGCGAUGGUCGCGGAACGGUUCGAACUGGGCUCCAAUGUCUUCGAACCGGGUUUCGACGCCUCCGUCUCGGCCGAGCUCAGAUACGAUUGCUGUUUUCUUUGGGUGGACGUGUCGAUGGCGGUGUUGACGGAGUAUUUAUCAAAGCGAGUCGACGAAAUGCUCGACUCGGGAAUGUUCGACGAGUUGGCCAAGUUUUGCGAACCGGAUCGCCAGGACAAGCACGACCCAGCUGCGGUUCCGACAGGGUUGAGAAAGGCGAUUGGAGUGCCCGAGUUCACCCGGUAUUUUAAAAAAUACCCACAAAGUAAAAGAGACGAGGACGACGACCUGGAGCGGAGAGGAGCGUACGAAGAGGCGGUGAGGGCGAUCAAGGACAACACGUGUCAGCUCGCGAAGAGGCAGAUAGGGAAGAUCCUACGGUUAAGAGGGGGAGGGUGGGACUUACGAAGACUAGACGCAACGGACGCGUUUAGGGCGGUGGUUGCGACGUCGACGUCGGAAAAUGACGGAGGAGAGCGGUGGUCAGAGAUAUGGGAGAGGCAGGUGGUGGAACCAAGCGCGAAGAUUGUGAAGCGCUUCUUGGAGGAGUAGGUCUUCCAGCUUUUUCCAGCUAUACAUUUCCUUUUUUUUCUUUUUUCUUUUUUUAAAUUCUCCUCCAAAUGUUGAGUUCGUUAACAAUUUUGGGGAAAAUUCUUCUGUGCCUCUGCUUCCCAAUUCCUGUAUGCACCGGAGAAAAAAAAUGGAAAAAUCGAAGGGUGGGAGUGGACUCGGAAGACCGAGACCAGAAUGCGACAAGUUUUGGAUUUUGGGAGGGAAAUGCAAAAAACACGAAAUACAGGAAAUUGAGAGGGAAAAAAAGAAAAAGAAAAAAUUAUUUUGGCAAGUGAGCAAAAGAGUUUUGUGAAAUUUUCGCAACUUAAAUAGGGAAAUUCUGUGAAUUUUAUUCUCUCAAAUGUAAUUGAGCAGGGACUCUUUUAAUCACAAAUUUAGUGUGUUAGCAA